AGGCGGUGUGAGUGGCCGCUUGCCGGCGCGGGCGCGGGCGCGGAGAAGGGAGGCGGGCGACAGCCAAGGCCAGCCUCCCAGCGCGCUCCGCUCCUGCCUUUAUCACUGCCCGCGCAGACGGCUCGCCCACAGUGAUUAUUGCGACUCGCGAGGCAGAUUCUCUCGCAUCGGCUGUCGUGUGUGCGUGUGUGUGCAGCGUGUGCGCCUGGCUCUUGCUUGUCGUAUCGACUCUUCGGUGAGUCCUUUAUCCCGAAUGCACUGAGGGUUGGAUUGAUGGAUUGAUUAAUUCAUUCAUACGCAGACUAAACACGCGAUUCGAGCUCUCGUGGGUUAGGGACUCCUGUUACGGAGUUUAUACUUCGAUUUAUAUAUAGUGGCAUUUCAAUGUCACCAACUGGAAGGAGUGGGGGACAUUGUCAUUCACUCCGGAGCACCAAUACCGAAAAUUUAAGCCGUGACGAAGCUCCCGAGUAGAUGACGGUGUCCUCUCUGUCCAACUCAUGACCUUUAAGUGCCAUGUUGAAAUCGGAAUAUAAGCAGAGUAUACAUGAUGUAAUCACAUUGAUGGAUUUGUCAUUAGCGAUAGGGGUUCUCUUACACAUCGUUUACGACUUCAGCCAAUAAGCUUCAGGCACCAGUUUGCGUCACAAUAUUAACGGUUGAGCAGUUUUUAUAAUGAUAUUUCUACUGCUGUUCACUGUCCUCAUUUUAUAUAUACUUUACUCAUGGAUCACUCUCAAGCCACAGAAUUUUCCACCAGGUCCUCCUACUGUCCCAAUUUUGGGGUCCAUUCCCUUUCUACCAAAAAAGAAUGGUCAUUUUGACAUGGAAAACUGGAGGGAUAAAUAUGGAGGAGCAGUAGGUCUUGCUCUGGGAAGUUUUUUGUCUGUGGUUGUAUGUGAACCGAAAUUAGUGCGAGAAGUUCUGAAGCGUGAUGAAUUUCAAGCAAGACCCUAUAACAGCCAGCUUCAGUCUCGUUCUUUUGGCAGAAAAAUUGGCAUUAUGUUUGCCGACGGCCCUGACUGGCAGGAGCAGCGCCGCUUCUCCCUGCGCCACCUCAAGGAGUUCGGCUUCGGCAAGACGAGCAUGGAAAGCAGCAUUCUGGACGAGGCGGCGGAUCUCAUGGACGAGAUAAGAGACAGAAGAGUGCAGGUGAGCAGUUUGUUCAAUAUAUCCAGUGUGAACGUCCUCUGGAAGGUCAUGGCCGGAGUCAGAUUUAAACGGACGGACCCGCUUCUCCAGAGACUAAUAAAAAUAUUGACGGAUCUUUUCCGAUCAGGGAAUGGUCUCUCUGGAAAUCUGUCGGGAUUGUUUCCUAUUCUUAGAUACGUAUUACCAUUUACAGAACAAGACAUUGUAACGAGAGAACUGUCCAAGUUUAUUUUGGAAAGCAUUCGGGAGCACGAUAAAACUCUGGAUGAAGCCAAUCCCAGAGACUUCAUUGAUGUUUACCUAACGGAAAUGCGCAAACACAAGGGGUCUGUUUCCUCUUAUGAUGAAGAGACUUUAAUUGUCAUAUGCAUGGACCUGUUCUCCGCUGGAGCAGAGUCUGUGGGAAACACCCUGGGAUUCAUCAUGUUAUACAUGGUGUUGUAUCCCAAGGUCCAGCAAAAGGUGCAUGAGGCCAUCGAUAGCUGUAUUGGACGUAAUCGGAAACCUUCUCUUCUUGAUAGACCCAGUUUGCCAUAUAUAGAAGCUGUCAUACAAGAGGUUAUUCGAUGUAACACAAUUGCACCGACAACUGUGCCUCAUUCAACGUUUGUGGAUACGCAAUUAAAUGGAUACUUCGUUCCAAAGGACACAUUUGUCCUGCUGAGUCUGUGGAGUAUAAGUCAAGACAAAGAGCACUGGGGGGAUCCAGAAAAUUUUCGACCAUCAAGAUUUAUUGAUGAAAGUGGAAAACUCAAAAAGGAUGAAUUUUUCAUUCCCUUCGGAUAUGGCAAACGUUUAUGUCCCGGAGAAGCGCUUGCCCGAAACUUCAUCUUCUUAAUGUUCACCACGCUCAUGCAAGAUUUUACGGUGGAGUUGCCGCCUGGACAUUCAUCCCCAUCGACAGUCUGCCUUCCUGGUUUUACGACCGCGCCACAACCUUUCGAAGUGAUCUUCAAAUCCCGUUGAUGGUGAUGACUGCGAUUCUGGAAUAGAUGAAGACACGAUAUAUGUACCUUUCGGAGUACCUGUGUGUAAAUGCUUCUUCAUAAUAGAUUCAAAAUAUAUUUUACGUUUCCUUGUAAAUACUGUUUUAUGUUUGCUGUGAUAUCACAUUUCUAUACUCUAUUAUAAUUUUUUUCAAUAUGUUAUUUUGUAAUGUGAUUUUACUAUAAAUGAAUAUUUAAAAUUAUUA